UUGAUAAGAAUACACGUUUUCUAACUUUAUUCCUAAAGAAAGGGUGUUGAUAAGAAUGAAUAAAGUUUUCAAGCAUUAGAUCCUAUUCCAUGUAUCUUCAGCAUCACACAAAUGCAAACAUGACACCCUUCAUUCCUCUUUCCAGUUAUAUAUAGCAUCGACUUAGGGUACAAACCUAGCAAUAGACAAGUACAAAGUAGCACACCAGUUUCUAAGCUUCAAUAUACUUCAUCAUAACAUGGCUCAAACGGGUUCUCUCUCUUCUGAAAUGGAGACACUGAACCAUGUUCUAUCACUAGUGGAGGCGUUCAGAGCUUUCGAUGUGGACAACGAUGGACGCAUAACACAGGCAGAGCUAGGAGGAAUCAUGGGGUCACUUGGGUUCAAUACUAGUGAGCAAGAAGUGAGGGCAAUGAUGCAACAAGGUGACAAGAACAAAGAUGGGUUGCUUAGCAUAAAUGAGUUCUUGGAGCUCAACACUAAGGAUUUGGAGGCUGAAAAUCUUGCAAACAUCCUCAGCACAGCAAUUGAAGUACUGGAUGAAGAUGGGAACGAAAUUUUGACUGGGCCAGAGUUACAUGAGGUCAUGGAAAAUUUGGGCCUAGACUUGUCGCUUGAAAAUUGUCAACAUCUUGUUACUUCUCUUGAUGCCGAUGGAGAUGGUGCUGUGAGCUUGGAUGAAUUCAGACUCAUAGUUGAUUUCCUCUAAGAAAUUCCUGUGGCGUAUACGCAUAUAAGAUUAUAGAUAUUAAUGUAUAUUCAUAAUUAAUUAAAGAAUAAGCACUAUGACGUGCAAGUUAGUUUAUGUGUAUAUAUAAUGUAUAAUUACAUAAGACAUGGGAAACAUAGGGCACACAAAUCAAGUUUGCGCGUAUAGAUAUAAAGUAGAAAACUCUGUCUUCGCAUAUAAUGUAGAGGGCGUUUUAUGUAUGCAGUAUACACAUAUACAUGGACGAGUGUCAUGGAGAAUAAAGUUAAUGGGAAUACAUUAUUAUUGAAGAAGGUAAAGGUAUUUAAAAGUUUGCCUUCAUUGUUGCCAUGCCCAAUGUAUAUUUGCAUAGUCAACUGCAUACUUUUUAUACUUAUUGUAGUGUGUCAUUAUUAUUAUUUUUUAAGAAAAGAAAAAUCAAAUGAGUAUAAUUUUAUCUUACGAAUUUCUAAAAUACAAUAGUUAACCUCAGCUUUUAAACUGAGUUUA